CUCUCCUCAGCCGUGAUAUGAGAUCAUGUUGAUGUUUAGAUCCAAUUGAGUCAUGGAGUAUUAUUCAACUCAGUUAUGCUUUAUCAAGUAUUAUUCAAUUUGAUAUUUGAUAUUGACUUUUUCUUUUUUCUUCUUUUAGAAUCCAUUUUGAUAAUCAGAAAAAAGUUUAUUUACAAAUACACAUAAUUUGGUUCAUGAUAUGGAAACAUAAGGAAUCGAUCCAAGUCAGAGAUCGUAUCAAAGGAAUAAUGGAAGAAUAAGAACGUUGGGUAAAAUUGUUAUAGUUCUAGGAUGAAAAGAUUUCGUCAAUAUUUGACUAAAAUGGUUAAUUAAUAAAUUUUUUCCCAAAUUUGUAUUUAAAAAUUGAUAAUUCAACUAAUUAUCUAAACUUUAAGCGUCACUAGAUUAGGACAAAAAAAGAUAAUAUUCAGAUGGUUGAAGUUGAAGCCAUGUCUGUGAAGAGAGAUGAAUGAUUCUUCGGCGAGUCAAGGUCAAGAGUACGGGAGUUUGUUGGUGGUAGGCAACGUCAUUGUCAUCCAGGGCCCAAACUCCCCGGCAAGUCUCUAUGCGGAAGACGCACGCAUAUAAACAAAACCCACACCUUUUCUUCUUUUACACGUUCCUUGCUUCCAUUUACUUACAUCCAUAUAGACUUUGUGUUCAUUUCCCACUUGACCAUUCCCAGGUAUAAGUUGUCUUUUCCUAUUCACAAUCCAAAUUCAUUUCUACUUCUUAUAGGAAUUCACUUAUUAGUUGAUAUCACCAGAGCUAGCUAAAAAAAUUAUAAUAUCCUUUUAGUUAAGUUAUGGGCAACUGUAUACGUUCUUCUGCUAAAGUUGAUUCCACCCAGAGCCCUCAUCCUACUUCUGAAAGAAGCACACAGGACUUUUUUCAGGGGUUAACAACUCUCUUUUUGAAUCAACCGUGACAACUUUUGUCGUUUAGAUAGCAGGGAGCCUCGAGAAUUUCCAAUAAAUCCAGCCGUUCUUCUAUUCCUUCAACUCUAACAAUCCCAUCUUGCAGUGAAAAAAGCCAUUCUGAAUGUCUUCCUACACCAAGGUCUGAGGGAGAAAUAUUGUCUUCCCCAAAUUUGAAAGCCUUUACAUUCAAUGAUCUCAAGAAUGCUACCAGAAACUUUCGUCCUGACAGUCUUCUUGGCGAAGGUGGAUUUGGUUAUGUUUUUAAAGGAUGGAUAGAUGAGCACAAUCUUUCACCCGCUAAGCCUGGAUCAGGAAUGGUUGUUGCUGUUAAGAAGCUUAAACCAGAAGGUUUCCAAGGGCACAAGGAGUGGUUGACAGAAGUUAAUUACCUUGGACAGCUUCAUCAUCCAAAUCUGGUUAAAUUAAUUGGUUAUUGCUUGGAGGGUGAGAAUCGGCUUUUGGUCUACGAGUUCAUGCCCAAAGGGAGCCUAGAAAACCAUUUGUUCAAAAGAGGACUUCAGCCGCUUUCUUGGGCAGUAAGGAUAAAAGUGGCCAUUGGUGCUGCCAGAGGGCUCUCUUUCCUUCAUGAUGCAAAAUCACAAGUUAUAUAUCGUGAUUUUAAGGCUUCUAAUAUUCUACUUGAUGCGGAAUUCAAUGCAAAACUUUCUGAUUUUGGUUUGGCCAAGGCAGGCCCCACUGGUGAUAAAACUCAUGUUUCCACUCAAGUCAUGGGUACUCAUGGUUAUGCAGCACCUGAAUAUGUUGCUACAGGUCGGCUUACGGCUAAAAGUGACGUGUAUAGCUUUGGAGUUGUAUUGCUUGAACUAUUAUCUGGACGAUGUGCUGUUGAUAAAACAAAAGUUGGUGUUGAGCAGAAUCUUGUAGACUGGGCAAAACCAUAUAUGUCUGACAAACGAAAAUUAUUUAGGAUUAUGGAUACAAAGUUAGGGGGCCAGUACCCACAGAAAGCAGCCUAUUCAGCUGCUACCCUUGCCUUUCAGUGCCUAAAUUCUGAAGCUAAACUAAGGCCUCGGAUGUCUGAAGUUUUAGCAGCAUUGGAGCGACUUGAAGCCCCCAAGAAUGCCGCUAAACUCUCUCAGUCUGAACAGCAGAGGGUACCAGUUCUAGUCCACAGGUCACCCUUGAGACAACAGCGUUCUCCACUCCAUCUGACUCCCAGUGCUUCUCCACUGCUAAAUCAACGGCAAUCUCCACAACUACGCUGAACUGAGGAGCAUCCUAUUUGUAAAUUUCUUGUAUGCUUCCAUAUGUAUCAAUAUUGUUGUAACAUGAGCGAGUAAUUUUUGAUGCAAAAUUUUGAAUGAAUUGUACUGAACUGAAAAUUAAAACCUGAAUUUUUCUGAUGAUAUGUAGUUUUGCUUUCUUGGGA